CCCAAGCAGAAGCUCUCAUCAAAUGGAAAAACAGUCUUUCUCCUCCUUUUCCUCCUCCUCUAGCUUCAUGGUCACUAUCCAACCUCAACAACCUUUGCAACUAGACAGCCAUUGCCUGCCAGACCAACGGAACAGUCUCCGAGAUAAACGUCUCCUACACCUACCUCACUGGAACACUUGCCCAUUUCAAUUUCAGCUCAUUUCCCAUUCUCACCCGCUUGGGCCUCAACAACAACAAUUUAAGCGGAUCAAUACCACCAGCCAUUGGAAACCUCUCCAAGCUCACUCGGACUUGGAAACCAACAGUUUUGAAGACGAAAUUCCUUCUGAGAUAGGCCAGAUAAUGGAGCUUCAGUAUCUCAGUCUUUUCAACAACAGUCUGAAUGGCACCAUCCCCAAUCAACUCUGCUCCAUUAAGGGGUGCAUAUACUUGGUUUACGAAUAUGUAGAGAGAGGCAGUUUGGGAAAGGUGUUGUAUGGGGUGAAUGAGAAAGUGGAACUGGACUGGGGUACACGGGUGAAUAUUGUGCAAGGUGUGGCUCAUGCAAUUGCUUACUUGCACCAUGAUUGCUUUCCGCCAAUUGUGCACCGAGACAUAAUUGUGAAUAACAUAUUGCUCGAGUCAGACUUCAAGCCAAGGCUUUCAGAUUUUGGCAUUGCAAGAUUGUUGGACCCCAAAAAGAUAAACUGGACAACAAUUGCUGGGUCUUAUGGCUACAUGGCUCCUGAGCUUGCACUCACAAUGCAGGUAACUGAAAAAUGUGACGUUUAUAGCUUUGGAGUGGUGACACUAGAAGUUAUGAUGGGAAGGCACCCAAGGGAGCUCCUAGCUUCCUUGUCAUCAUCCCAAUCGACAAUGGCAAAAUUAGUCACAGAUAAUAAAGAGUUUCUUCUAAAGGAUGUGCUAGACCAAGGUUUCCCACCACCCACAGGCCAAAUAGUAGAGGCAGUGGUGUUUGUAGUAACUGUGGCGUUAGGAAUGGUAAAUUACAAUCCAAAGUCACAACCCCCAAGCAUUUUGUGGCACAAAAAUUGUCAUCAUUACCAAGUUCACCAACCUUAAAGAAAUAAAGCCGAGGGAUUAG